CUCCUUACAGAGAGAACAACAGAGAUUGGGCGGCUGAUCAGCUCCUACCUGCUGAAGGAGAAGAACCUGGAGGAUCACACCGUUCACCUGCUCUUCUCUGCCAACCGCUGGGAGCACGUACCGUUGAUGAAAGAGAAAUUACAACAAGGGAUCACACUUGUGGUUGACAGAUAUGCCUUUUCUGGAGUGGCCUUCACAAGUGCAAAAGAGAACUUCUGCCUGGACUGGUGCAAACAGCCUGACGUUGGACUCCCGAAGCCAGAUCUGGUCCUGUUUCUUCAGUUAAGUCCGGAAGCAGCAGCGGAACGAGGGAACUUUGGAAAUGAACGUUACGAGAACAGCUCCUUCCAAGAGAAAGUUCUACAGUCCUUCUAUCAUCUGAUGAAGGACAAGACAUUAAACUGGAAGACAAUGGAUGCUUCAAAGAGCAUAGAAGACUUGCACAGAGACAUCAAGUCCGUCGCAGAGGAAACCAUGCAAGAGGUUCAGAAUAAACCUUUGGGAGAACUCUGGAAAUAAACCUUUGUUAUUCUUUUAGACCUAAAGGAAAACUCACCUUUUGGAUGGAUCUUCCUCGCUUGGGUGACUCUCCUAGAGCACUUUCCAGUAACUACAGCUUAGAUCCCGGGUUUUCUUAGGGGUCCAGCACGGUGCUGAUGUCCUUGUCAUUUUACAUGCUCCUCCCCUGCAUCCGGCAUGGCCCCUGCUGUGUUUUAUACAUGAACGUGCGAUGAGCAUGGAACCAGUUCCUUCUAGAAAGCUCCCUCUUGCUCUGGCUGCAGCCCUGCAGUGCCAGCCCCCCCGGACACGGGCAGCAGGGACAGGCAGGCAGCAGCGGUCCCAGUUUCAGGGAACUGCCCUGUUCCUGAGUCUCCUGCCUCUCUAGUAAAUGCAUCCCCUGUGCCCAAACCAGAUUGUAGAGGAGUUGCGAAUAAAUUCUUUUAACCAUUUUGCA